AUGCUUCGACCAAAUUGUCCAUUCCUGGACCCAGGCCCCGUGACCCGGGCCGACACGCUCGCGAUCAUCCAGCUCUCCAAGGACGACCUACUUCCCGUCUACCUGAGGGAGAGCCAAGGCGAGCACGACGGCUAUGCCGAGGGCCACGUCAUAAACACAAGAUUCGGCUCGUUUCCUCAUUCUACAUUGAUCGGCAUUCCGUGGGGCUCUCAGGUGCGCGCAUCAGUCGUCGACACUGGUUCGCGAGGCAGGAAACGAAAGCGCGACACGGAGGACCAAGGUGACAAGCGAGCGAAGGACGCGCCGGACGAGCCCGCGACCGUGAUGGAAGCUGAGGAAGCUGGCGACAGCAGCAAAGACCCACAGACAAAGUCGAACAAGACCAAGCAGGCAGCAACGGCGAAGACGGGCUUCAUCCACCUGUUGCGCCCGACGCCCGAGCUCUGGACUAGCAGUCUACCGCACCGGACGCAAGUGGUCUACACCCCCGAUUACAGCUAUAUCCUUCAGAGAAUACGGGCGCGGCCGGGCUCAGUUCUGAUUGAGGCCGGUGCAGGAAGUGGAAGCUUCACCCAUGCUGCCAUGCGCGCAGUGUACAAUGGGUACAAUUGGCACGAUUACCAACACAAUGGCAAGGUUUUUAGCUUCGAAUUUCACGAGCAACGGUUCAAGAAGAUGCAGACCGAGAUUCGAGAUCAUGCCCUCGACCGAGUCGUCAAGAUCACACACAGAGAUGUCUAUGCGGAUGGCUUUUCGGUUGACGGGCAGAGCCCCGAAGCGGAUGCAGUUUUCUUGGACCUGCCGGCGCCCUGGCUGGCUUUGCCCCAUUUAUCGAGACGGAAGCCCAAGGUUGCACAACCAAACGAGCCGAAACCCGCAGGUGAUAAGGAGCCCGAGCAAUGGGUCUCCCCUCUCAAUCCACACAAGAGUGUCUACAUUUGCACAUUCUCACCCUGCAUUGAACAAGUCACACAGACUGUCUCUGAACUGCGAAGGCUUGGAUGGGUGGACAUUGAGAUGGUGGAGAUCAAUAACAAGCGCAUCCAAGUGUUUCGAGAGAAGAUUGGACUGAACUUCCAGCAGGACAGAGCAAUGCAACAAUCCCCGCAUGAUGUCGCCGAGGCAGUGGCAAAACUCAAGGAUAUCGAGGUGCGCUUCCAGGAGCACCAGAAGAAGCUCUGGGCGACUGGCGAGGAGGAUGCCGAUGUCAACAUGACUGUUGAUGGACAGGGCGAGACCGGCAAAACGGACCCGAGCGCGCCUACACCGGAAAAUGGAACGCCAAAGGAAAGCAAGGUGAAGCCAUGGAUGGAGGGAAAACUUAUCACCCGUACCGAGCCGGAGAUCAAGGAGCACACGUCAUAUCUGGUCUUUGCCGUGCUCCCUCGUGAGUGGACGGAAGAAGACGAGGCCGCUGCUUUUACCAAAUGGCCCUGCGGAAAAGAGAGCAAAGUCAUUGGCAACGUGUCGAAAGAAGCACGCAAGCAGGAAAAGCGUGAGAGAAUGCAGUCAAAGAAGAAGUCGGAAGGCAAGCGCAAACAGGAUGCUGAGAAAGAGCAAGAGCAAGAGCAGACUGAAGGUUCGGAACUGCCAGGCAUUAUUCCAGACACAACGUCGACAUCAUGA